AAAAAAAAAACAAUAAUAAUAAUUAAUAAACAAUAGUUUAAUGUGGGUGUUUAUUUAUUGUUAACUGAUUGGAUCGAUAUCAUCAACCUUACCACACAAUAUCAGCCCCGUUGGAUUUGCCUCGAUGAGCUCAAAUUGAUGAUAUUAACAAAGAAUGAUUCCUAUAAAUUCAGAAGAAGACGGAGCUCUGUCAGUUUGUUUCAGAGUAGAGGGAGAAAGUGGAGGGGGAGAGAGAGAGAGAGAGAGAGAGAGAGAGAAGGGGUUAGGGGGAUAUGGUGACUCGAGAGGGAUGGUUAUGGCAGUGAUUUUUUGAGACUAUAUAUAUGUAGAUUUUUUAAUUUUCUUGGCAAAAAUCACCGCCAGUUUUUCUCGCUGGUGGGGAGAAUUCAGAAUUCCCUUCUGGUAUGUGUUUUUAAUCGGCGAAACGUUUCGUUAUUUCUAGAGUCUUGAUUCUCCGGCGAAACGUUUUGGGUUCGCUUUUUUUGUGGUCGGCGAUGUGUGGGGGAAAUAUAUAUGACCGUUUGAUCCUCAGAGAUCACGGGAAUUCCCCAUUUUGUUCACAAUGCAGCGGUUCAUUUUAAAAAUCAUUUGAUAUUUUAUUGAAGAUUACUUUCAAAAUUGGUGCUUUUCAUAUCGAUUUGUGCGAUUUCUGUAGUGGAGAUUAUAGAAAGGUUUUGGGCUUUUAACGGAUAUAUAUAUUUUUUUUGCGAAACGAUAAAAGCGGUUUUGGCUUCUGUGCUCAUUCAAGUUUGUUUUCGACUGAUUAUUGGUGGUGGGUUCAUUACACAAUUUAAGUGUUGAAAGUUUUGCUUUUGAACUAGCUUUUCUAUUUUUAUGGGUUUCUAAUUUUGGUGGAGAGUGGACUAAAAUUUCUUUGUUCUUACAUACUAAUUGGGUAGUUUUGUAGGGAAAACCAUUUUCUUGUUAUCAUUGAUCGUGCUUUAGUUGUUUUUGGCGGAAUUUGGCUUUUCUUAAUUGUCAUAAUUUGAGAGAGAUUAAUGGGUUUAAUGGGUUGAAAUCUUAAAUUCCUGAUUUUUGAUAUCUGUUUUAGUUUCAUUAAAUGGAGUCGACCUCUUCUUAGUCCGGUGGUUGCUGCAAAAGACGGGAGCUACUUUGCAAAAUCGAUUUCGUUUUUGAGAAGUGGGGGCAAGAAUGGCAGUUUCUUUUACUCGGUUUUCAUGGUGGUUAUGGAGUGGCAAGGGGAAAGAGCCUGUCUCAAAUGGUUCCUCGUUGAAUUCAUCUACUGAUUCGGGUUCUGGAUUCAGAGAGCUUGAUUCUGUUAAAUUCCCUGCAAGGAAUUUAGCCUCACCAAGAAAGGUUAAAAGGAAAUGGCAUAGUAGGGAAGAUAGGAGACAUGAUAAGCAGUAUGGUGAUGCAGUUUUGGUGCCAUCUGAUGGCGGGGUUUGCUUGUCAGGGUCGGAAUCCGAUGGCCCAGAUUGGUCAAUCGGGUGGGUGGAGCCUCAUGGACCUGAUUUUAGAAGUGAUGAUGAGACUGAUGAUGGCUUUGCCGUGUUGGUUCCUUGUUACAGACCUGGUUGCAAGGAAUUAGUGGAAAAUUCAACUAACCAGCUUUUAAGUGCUAUAAAGAAUUUGCCAAAUGAGUUCUCUUCUGAGGGAAAGAACUACAUGGAAUGGCUUUCUUCCUUCAGAAUUUCUCAAGUCUAGAGUUGGCUGGCGAUUGCUGGAACAGUCAUUGCAUGAUACAUUUCAAUUAGCCAGCCUGUUAUGAAAUUUAUUUCGUGAGUGAUAGAAAAAAUAGUCUAAUCAGCAAAAUUAUCUACGCACUACCUUCACACAUUGAAGUGCAAAGGAUUAUGUGCCAACUAUAUGCCGAUGCAAUCAAGCUGAUGGUAAUGUUGUCUAGUUUAGAGAAAAUGUUAAACUUAUUUAAUUUAGAGUUGAGUUAGAAGAAAGAUGUUUCUCAGCGCAUAUCAUGGUAUGCUAGUGAUAUUUCUAUGAGUAGAUGCUGAUCAACUGGUUGACAUGGAAAUAUGAGAUGGGAUGGGAUUUCUUUUUGUAAAUACUACUGCUGCUGUGAAUAUAUAUGCUUUUGAGCUUAUUAGUACUCGUAAAUAAUUCUUAUAUUUCCUGUUAAUCAGUGUUCAAUAUCAUAAUUUCAUACUUUCUGAUGUAUGCAAAAGUUUAUGUUCAUCCCCAUUUGUUUAUUUGGUAUAAUUUCAUAAUCUCUUUUUAUUUUCAUGUCUUGGACCCAAAGCUCAAACACAUUUUCGUAGCUUUCAGCUAAAACAAAUUGACCACUGGCCCAUCGAUUUGGAGAUUUUACCAUUUGAAUCUUUUUGAAUAGCUUGCUCUUCAAUAAUGGUCUCUAAGUUAAAGCCUACAUGUUUCAUCUUUUCUCAUAAUGAAGAGUAGCUCUGCCUUUUUUUCUCAAAAACCUUUCUCAUGAAAUUUCUUUAGUCGGCCUAUGAUAAUGACUAGAUACAUUUCCUUUUGAUUUUAUACCUAGCAUAUCAUUGGCAAAAUAUAUAUUUAUUUAUUUGUUUAUUCAUCAUCAGGAAAUGCAAAUAUGAGAGAGAGAGAGAGAGAGAGAGAGAGAGAAGGAUGUCUGAUUUGGUUUAUUUAACCAAUCUCAAUCAAAUUAUAUAAAAAAUGUUAACACCCCUUUUCAAGUUUAGCUUUUUUUAAUGAGAGGGUGGCAAUUUUCAUCUGCUGUGGUGGGGAAUCCCUGCCAGUCCCAUUGCCGCUCCUAUUAGGUCCCAAACUCCAUGAGCAUGCAUAACAAUGGGGACAAUUUGAAGCUUUCCUAGAAAUUUAUUUCUCCUUCAAAAAGGCCUUACUUUGUCUUUUUGUUAAGAACAGGAACAUUUUUGCGUUAAUAGAAAUUAGGGGAAAUUAUAUCUAAGAAAAUUAAAGGCUUUUUGGCAUGAAACAUAGCUGUUUGUAAAGAGAGAAUUGAAGUCUAUCCAGUCUUAUAGCCUAACUAUUGGAUCAUGGUAAAGAGGAAAGUAAUCAAAUAGAGAAAAAAAAUUCCUACUUAGUUGCCUUGCCUAUUUUACAUUUUAAUUUAAAUAUUAAUAUAUCAAAAAAUUUUAGAUAAACAAGAGUGAUCCUUUUGUUCUUAAUGAGCCAAUGGAUGUGUUCAGUCCAUCUUAUGCACCUUUGAUUUGGCUUACAUUCUUCUUUGAGUUCAUGAAUUUUGAUAAUGAUCAAAACACGUUUUCAUAUUAUUUUAUGAAAUAUGAAUAAUUAGAUAAAAAAAAUUGGGUACCAUUCUGUAAUAAAAGCUUUCUUGAUAGACUGACAGGUUUCUUGAUCAACUUUUAUUCCUUUUAACAAUACCGAUGAUGUUUGAAUUUUCCAGAUUAGAAAAGGCAAGCCUUUGAAGAAAGAAAAAAAAAGGAAAAAGGAAAAAGAAAAAGAAAAAGAAACAAGAGGAAAAGUAGAUGCCCUACUGGCUAGUGGCUGCUGCCCUCUAUCCCCUGGAAAAGCAAAACCAUUCCAAGUGCAGUGCAGGUGCAGCAGCUAGACCAAUUAGAAUCAGCAGUGCUCUUUUUUUUUUUUUUAAUUUAAAAAAAUUUUAAUUUAACUUUCUAUUUUCGUAAGAUAUUAGAAAGUUUAUAAAGGGCAGGUUGAACAGUAAAUCCAGGCGAAAAUUGCUCCUUUCCAUGAUCCCAUAAUUAGUUAAUAACGUAUACUAACACAUACAUUCACAUUCCUUUUCCUUCUUGCACGUUUCUUGUCGAAGUCUCUGUGUUUCUUUCUAUUUGAAAGACUUCUCUUUUAUUUUAUUUUUUAAAUUUCUUCUAUUUCUCUCUCUUGAAACAAAGGGUAUUGGGUUCUAUGUCUUGUAUCCUUCUUGUUAAAGAGAGAGAAGAAAUAGUGGGUUGUAUGUAUUCUGGUCUAGAGAGAUAGAUCAGAGAGCAUAAGAUGUUGCAAAGAGCUGCAAGCAAUGCUUAUUCAUGGUGGUGGGCAAGCCACAUUAGAACUAAGCAAUCCAAAUGGAUGGAGCAAAACCUUCAAGAUAUGGAAGAGAAGGUCCAGAUUGUACUUAAACUCAUCGAAGAGGAUGGAGACUCCUUUGCCAAGAGGGCAGAAAUGUACUACAAAAAGAGGCCAGAGCUGAUACAUUUUGUGGAAGAAUCUUACAGAGCAUACCGAGCCUUGGCUGAACGGUAUGAUCACAUAUCAAAAGAGCUACAAAAUGCCAACAACACCAUUGCUUCUGUUUUCCCAGAACAGGUUCAGUUUGCAAUGGAAGAUGAGGAAGAUAAUGCCACACAUAGAUUCCCAAAGAAGCCUCCAGAAGUCUCAAAAGCAAAAAUCCCUACGGUCCCAAAGAUUCCCAAAGAUAUAAAGGGUAUCUUCACCUCAGCUACGAAGCAAUUACAAUCAAAGAAGUCAAUGAAAAUAACAAAAUCUGCUACAGUUGCAAAAUCUGGUUUGAGCAAAUCUAAAGGACUUCAGGAGAUUGACAGGCUGCAGAAAGAAAUUCUAGCUUUACAAACUGAAAAAGAGUUUGUGAAAAGCUCUUAUGAGGGUGGGCUAGCAAAGUAUUGGGAAAUUGAUCAAAAAAUCAGGGAAACGCAGGAUAAGGUUUGCAGUUUGCAAAAUGAAUUUGGUGCAGGCAUAGUCAUUGAAGAUGAUGAUGCUCGGGAAUUGAUGGCUUCAGCGGCCUUGAAAUCGUGCCAGGAGACAUUGGCUCAGUUGGAGGAGAAACAAGAGAAAUCUGUAGAAGAAGUAAUAGUUGAGAGCAAACGGAUUAGUGAUGCCAGGGAGAAGUUGAAGUCUCUCAAAGAUGAGUUUCUACAAGGUGAGAUCAAUCAGGAAAUGCCAAAAGCCAAAGAUAAGUUUUUGAAAGCCAAAGAUAAGUUUUUGAAAGCAGUCAGAGAGUUGAAAAGCUUAGACCAAGAACCGAGCAUUGUCACACAAGAGAGAAAGGAUUUGGAUUCGUUACGUGUAAAAAUUAAGGAACACUUUGAGGUGGAAUCUAAUGCAUCUCUGAGUGUGACAGAACUUGCAGAGAAGAUUGAUGAGCUUGUGAACAGUGUAAUUAGCUUAGAAGCGGCAGUUUCAUCACAGACAGCACUCAUUCAGAGAUUGAGAGCAGAGACAGAUGAGCUUCAAGCACAGAUUCGAAUCUUGGAGGAUGAUAAGGCAACACUGAUCAAUGGGAAAAAUGACCUGAGAGACAGGCUGACGGAAUUGGAGGAAACAUUGCUUGGACUUCAGGAAUUAAACAGAAAUGUUGAAGACAGGAAUAAUGGUCUUCAAACACAUUUUACUGAAGCACAUCAUAAUCUCGAUCACAUCACGGAGAAACUGCACGAUGUGAAGCCAGAUGAGGAGAUCCAGGCCAGACCACAGACAAAGUGGAAAUCUAUAGUCGAAGUUGAAUCACAACAAGAGGUCGAAGGGCAAAAGUGUGCACUGAAUGCUAAUGAUGGCCUCCACGCACUGCAGAAAAUAAACUCAGAAGAGGAGAGUGAGGUUUUAGGUAAACAACAUGAAGAUGUCAAAAGACAAGAAGGUGCACCGAAUGCUAAAAAUGACCUCCAUGAACCACAGAAAUUGAACUCAGAAGAGGGGCAGAAGGUUUCAUGUAAACCACGUAAAGAACUCAGAAGACAACAAGUUGCACUGCAUCUUGAUGAUGGUCCUAAUGAAUCACAGAAUAUGGAGCUACAAGACGAACUCAAGGUUCCAGACUCGUUGCAGAAAGAGAAGAAAUUAUCUGCUAAAGUGAAUUCACAGGCAGAGUUGAAAGAGCCAGAAGAAAAACUAAAUACAGAGGAGCUCAAUGUGUCAGAAUCUUCACAGAAAGAAAAGGAAUUUUCUACUGAUGUCAAUUUGCAAGCUGAGUUAAAAGGACAAGGACAAGAAGAAAAACUUAAUCCUGAAGAUCUCAAGGUUUCAGGUAGAACACAUGAAGAAUCCAGAGGACAAGGAAGUGCAUUGGGUCCUAAUGGCAUUCUCGAUGAACCACAGAAUGUGAAGCCAGAUGGUAAGAUCGAGGUUUCACUUUCUUCACAGAAAAUAAAGGCUACAGAAGAGAAAAAGGAGGAAGAGACAAAAGAAGAUGAUCUCAGGAACUCUACCAGAAAUCACAGAGAAGAUGCAAGUCUGCCGCAGACAAGUGAUGAACCUGAUGAUCCUAAGGAGAAAUCUCAUGACAUGAACAUGGAGGAAGAUAAGCAAGAUUCACCCAAGGCUUUGGGCAAUCUCCUUCUUGUUGAAACACAGAAGGGAACAGAGCAAGAUGAUGAGCCAGACUGGAAGCAUUUGUUCAUGAAUGGUAUCGGAAAUAGAGAAAAAACUCUGCUGAGUGAGUAUACUGGAAUUCUUCAAAACUACAAAGAAAUCAAGAAGAGACUUGCCGAAACAGAAAACAAAAAUGGAGAUGGCCUCUAUGAAACAAUGGUGCGGUUAAAAGAACUGAGGAGUGCUAAUGCAAAGAAGGAUGAACAGAUUAAAAUCUUAAAUCAGAAGCUGAGCCUUCUCCAAACAGGCUUGGGUGAAGAUGAUGUAUCUGAUAAAUCAACCUCGACAGAAUCCCAAAGAUUAGAGAGACAAGAAGUAUAUGAUGUCAAGGCGAUCAUGAUGGACGAGCCAGAAAUUUCACCAAUUGAGAAAAAAUUCCGGAUGAGCAUUGAUGAACUGCUAGGGGAGAACUUAGAUUUCUGGUUAAGAUUCAGUUCUACAUUGUACCAAAUUCAGAAAUUUGAAACUGAAAUCAAAGAUUUACAGUCUGAAUUGUUGAAACUUGAGGAAAAAAAGAAGCAAGAUGGUAACACAACUGCAAAGUAUUCUCUGAAAUCAGAUGCAAAACCAUUAUACAAGCACCUACGAGAGAUUCACAUUGAAUUAGCGGUCUGGUUGGAAAAAAGUGUGCUACUGAAAGAUGACCUGAAGAGCAGAUUCUCAUCCUUGUGUGACAUUCAAGAAGAAAUAUCUGCUGCUUUGAAGGAGAGCGCUGAAGAUGAUGACUUCAAGUUUACGAGCUACCAAGCUGCAAAGUUCCAAGGCGAGAUUUUGAACAUGAAACAAGAGAAUAACAAGGUUGCAGAUGAAUUGCAGGCUGGCUUGGAUCAUGUUACUACACUCCAGUUAGAAGUUGAAAACACUCUGGCAAAGUUGAAUGAGGAAUUCAAACUUGCUGGAUCAAAGAAUCACCAAAAUAUCCAACUGGAACGCUCAGACAGCCGAAAUCGAGUUCCUUUGAGGUCAUUUAUCUUUGGUGCAAAACCAAAAAAGCAAAAGCAUUCAAUCUUCUCUUGCGUCCACCCUGUACUGCAAAGGAAAUACAAUGGUUUCAAGGCAGGGAUUAAUGUUUGAAUUGAUUGCUUUAGAUUUUUUUUUUUUUUUUAUGAGUUCUUUCUCUUUUUUUCUUUUAUAUUUAUUUUGAAGAAGCUGAAGCCUUCCCUUGACAUUUUCGUUGUAAUAUAGAUGUUUAUAGUUAAUAAAAACAGCAGGAAUAUUUCAGCAUUUUCCAAUGGAAUUAUUUGAUUUUAUUUAUUCA